AAAAGCUUUCACCGUUUUUUCAUUUUCUGCAAAAAAACAAGAUCAACAUGGAGAAAACAAAGAAAGUAAUGUUAGGAGUUCAAAUGAAGAACAAUAAAAAGAGUUUUCCCAAUAAGAGAAACAAAAAGAGAUUGGUUAAACAAGUUGUGGAUUAUCUCAAAGCCGAUUCUUACUUGUUUGCUCCUCUUCUCGUCAAUUCAAACUCCCCUUCACCAAAGGCAAAGUUCACCUCUUCUUCUUCUGCAGGAUUGGAGAUAAAACAACCCAUUAGAGGAAUAAAGAAGAAGAGGUUAUUGAAGAAGAUUGUUGAUUAUAUGAAAUCAGAUUCUUAUAUGUAUGCAUCCAUGUUUGGUAAUCGACAAAUCAGUUCUCCUGCUAAAGGAUCGGUUCGGUAUGUCAAAAAGGUCACCAAGGAAAUAUCAACAAGGAGAUUGACUACGAAGAACAAUGAACCAACAGUUCAGUCCACAAAUCUUAUAGCAGAGGACCAAAUUUUCAAAGGCAAUCUUCCUGAAGCAAGUAUCUCUGGUCCACAAACUUCAGCACAGAAGGAAAUGGUUAAGAACAUGGUUUAUUCGAACUGCCGCUCCUCAUCCAUUUCAGAGAAAGGAGGCCUCGACUCACGGCUAAGGAAGCUUCUUGUCGACUGAUCAAUCCCCGGUAUAUCACACGCGAACUUAAUUAUACAGAUAGAUAUUUGUAAUUGUAAAUCUGGAUAUAGUCUUUGCUGUUUGUGUUUUCUUUUGUGUUUGGAAUAUGAUAAUGAGCUACUGU